AGGUUAUCUUGCACAAUUACUUGGACCUCCCCGUAACGCGGGGAUUUGUUCUCAGGACACUUAAAGGGGGGUGGGUUUUAAAACUAAAAAGGUGCAUUUUUAUUUUAUUUUGGGUGAUGGAGGGAGUCGGUGUGGAGAUGUCCAGGGGCCGAAGUGUGCAGCUUUCCCUCAGCGUUUGAGCGACUACCUCGAGGAUAUUUAAUAACCGUUUUACCUUGAAGCGGCUGGAUUCCCGGAUUUCCAUUGGGAGAUUUGUUGCUUCGGCUGAGACUUUCUUCAACUCCUGAGGAAUAAUGACUUCCUACGUGGACCAGCUUUUCAAACAGGUCUUGAUGAAGAAGCCUUCGGAAAGAAACCAGCAGGAUUUAGAAAUUAUAUAUUCUCACCUCCAUGGCAUGGAUGUGCUGUCUAAUUUGAGGGAACAUCAGCUCAGAUUGAUGUGCACAAUGGUACGUUAUGAAAAGCAUGAUGCCAAUGAGGUCUUAUUUUACCCUGACAGUGUUGCAACUUGCUGGUAUAUCCUACUUUCAGGAUCGGUAUUUAUCAAAGAAUCAAUGUUUCUGCCACGUUGCAGUUUUGGCAAGCAGACUGCAGGAAGCUUAAGACGAGGCUGUGAAUGUAUCGUUUUAGAGACUUCAGAAAUGAUUGUGGUUGAAAAUGUCAGUGAGAAUGAGGAGAAAAAUCUACAGAGGGAAGUCACCAACAGGCAGUCUCGUCGGCGCUUCAGGAAGAUCAACUUGAAAGGAGAGCGGCAAACAAUCACAGACAAUGUGGAUUCCUAUCACCCUGACAGACCUCAUCAGACUAACACUUAUCACAUGCUUCCUGCAGAUCUUUCCAAGAUGCACCUCACAGACAAUCCACAUCCACAGGUGACACAUGUCCCUUCCAGCCAGUCCGGGUGCAGUAUUGCCAGUGACUCUGGGAGCAGCAGCCUGUCGGAUAUCUAUCAGGCUACGGAGAGCGAAAUGGGGGAUGUAGAUCUUUCGGGUCUUCCUGAAACAGCUGUAGAUUCUGAAGAAGAGGAAGAAGACGAAGAAGAUAUUGAUCGAGCAUCUGAUCCACUGAUGGGCAGGGAUGUUGUUAGGGAGUGUCUGGAGAAGGAUCCAGCAGACAGAACUGACGAUGAUAUUGAACAAUUGCUGGAGUUUAUGCAUCAGCUCCCUGCCUUUGCGAACAUGACUAUGUUUGUCAGACGUGAACUGUGCUCAGUCAUGAUCUUUGAAGUAGUAGAACAUGCAGGAGCAAUAAUAACUGAUGAUGGAAAAGAGCUAGAGUCGUGGUAUGUUAUUCUAAAUGGCUCAGUGGAAAUCACCGAUUCUCAUGGAAGAAGUGAAAUACUUUGUAUGGGAAAUAGUUUCGGUAUCUCUCCCUCUUUGGAGAAACAAUAUAUGAAAGGAACUGUUAGGACGAAAGCAGAUGAUUGUCAGUUCGUAAGCAUAGCUCAGCAGGACUACUGCCGCAUUCUGAAUCAAGUAGAGAGGAACACUCACAAAGUUGAGGAGGAAGGGGAGAUAGUAAUGGUGAAAGAACACAGAGAGCUGGACCGUAGUGGAACAAGGAAAGGACACAUUGUAAUAAAGGGAACACCAGACAGACUCAUUAGACAUCUAGUUGAAGAACAUUCCAUUGUGGAUCCCACAUACAUAGAAGAUUUCUUAUUAACAUGUAGAACAUUUCUGUCAAGCCCCAUGGAGGUUGGAGAGAAAUUACUGGAGUGGUUUAAGAUUGAUAGCCUUCGGGACAAGGUCACGCGAGUUGUGCUCUUGUGGGUGAACAAUCACUUCAAUGAUUUUGAAGGAGAUCCUGCCAUGACCAAUUUUCUAGAGGAAUUUGAAAAUAAGUUGGAAACUGCAAAAAUGAAAGGACAUCUCAGGUUGUUGAAUAUUGCAUGUGCUGCUAAAGCCAAAUGGAGGCAGAUAACUUUGCUAAAGCCUUCAAGAGAGUCCCCAUUGUACUUCACUUUGCUUGGUGGCAGUGAGAGAGGAUUUGGUAUUUUUGUGGAAAGUGUGGAGACAGGCAGUAAAGCUGCUGAGGCUGGUAUUAAGCGAGGCGACCAGAUUAUGGAAGUAAAUGGACAGAACUUUGAGAAUAUCCAGUUCACAAAAGCUCAAGAUAUUUUGAGAAAUAAUACACAUUUGUCUAUCACUGUGAAGACCAACAUUUUUGUUUUUAAGGAGUUGUUAAAUAGACUAAUUCAGGAGAAAAAAAACGGGGCUCCUCACAUUCCUAAAAUUGCAGAAAAAAAGGGGAAUCGUUACUCGCAUCCAGAUUUGCACAGAGAUGUGGAGCAAAUGUUUCCUUCUGAGAAAAGUAACAAGAAGAUGAAAGCCAACACAGUAUCAGGUGGUCGCAACAAAAUUCGGAAAAUACUUGACAAGACACGUUUCAGCAUCUUGCCACCAAAACCAUUCAGUGAUGCUGGUGUGAGCCAGUCGCAGGAUGACAGCAUCGUUGGAACAAGGCAGUUUAGGCACAGUGUUGCUGUAAUGCCUUUCACUGGAACGCUUUCCUCGAGUAGUCCUGACCUGUUGCAACCUGCUACUAGUUUGCUUGAUUUCACGAAUCCUACAGUUGCAGGUUUUUAUAACAUACCAGAUCAAGUCAUUCGAGUCUUUAAAGCAGACCAACAAAGUUGUUACAUCAUCAUCAGCAAAGAUACAACUGCAAAAGAAGUUGUUGCCCACUCCGUUCAUGAAUUUGGACUGACUGCGCCACCUGAAACUUAUUCACUCUGUGAGGUUUCUAUAAGCCCUGAAGGUGUCAUCAAGCAAAGGAGAUUACCUGAUCAAUUAUCCAAACUUGCUGACCGAAUCCAGCUGAACGGCAGGUACUAUCUGAAGAAUAAUAUGGAAACAGAAACUCUUUGCUCAGAUGAAGAUGCCCAGGAAUUAUUAAGGGAAAGCCAAAUAUCUCUGCUGCAACUCAGCACCAUUGAAGUAGCAACUCAGCUCUCAAUGCGUGACUUUGAAUUAUUCCGUAACAUUGAACCCACUGAAUAUAUAGAUGACCUGUUCAAAAGAGAGUCGAAAACAGGAAAUGUACAUCUUAAGCAGUUUGAGGAUAUUAUCAAUCAGGAGACAUUCUGGGUCGCAACUGAGAUUUUGAAGGAAACUGUUCAGUGGAAAAGGGUAAAGAUAAUUAAACAUUUCAUCAAAAUUGCCCUACACUGCAGAGAAUGCAAGAACUUCAAUUCUAUGUUUGCAAUUAUCAGUGGGCUAAAUCUUGCACCAGUUGCACGUCUGAGAAGCACUUGGGAAAAACUGCCAAGCAAAUAUGAGAAGUUACUUCGGGACCUUCAAGAUCUCUUUGACCCUUCAAGGAACAUGGCAAAAUAUAGAAACGUUCUCAGUAGCCAGAGUCUGCAGCCACCCAUCAUUCCACUGUUCCCAGUGGUCAAAAAAGAUCUCACUUUCCUGCACGAAGGAAAUGAUUCCAAAGUUGAAGGUUUAGCAAACUUUGAAAAACUACGGAUGAUUGCCAAGGAGAUUCGACAUGUUGUCCGUAUGACUUCUGUAAACAUGGAUCCUGCUGUAAUGUUCAGAAAUAGGAAGAAGAGAUGGAGGAGUUUGGGGUCAUUAAGUCAAGGCAGCACAAAUUCCAACAUGCUAGACUCAGUGCAAGGUGGGGGCCACAAGAAGCGAGUGCGCCGGAGCUCUCUGCUCAAUGCCAAGAAGCUGUACGAGGAUGCCCAGAUGGCUCGGAAGGUGAAGCAGUAUCUCUCAAACUUACAUGUUGAGAUUGAUGAAGAGAAAAUCCAAAUCAUGUCACUGCAGUGUGAGCCUGCCUACAGCACAUUAAGCAAGACUUUUGGUGAAAGGCGGUCAUAUAAAAGCUCAGAUAUGUCACCAAUGACAAUGAGGUCAUGUGGUCAACCAGGAAAACACCAAUCACAACAGCGAAUGAGCCAAGCCUUGCAAGUACCAUCUUUGUAUCCAUCGCGGAAGAAAGUAUCAGCUGCAUCAUUUGGCACUAAUUCUCCUCAGUCCUCGAAGAAGUCUCUAGUUGUGUCUGAGGAAGUGCAAGCAGACAGAAGCAAGAAGAACACUGAAGAUACAGUAUCAACAACAUCAUCUCAACUUUCUUCUCCUCCUGUAUCUCCUCAGAGCUCUCCCCGCAAAGGCAGUGGGCCAUUGUGGUCACAGGAUUCAAGUCCAUCAAAUGUAUCCAGCUGCUCUUCUUCCCUUACUAGUGAGGUCAGGCACAAGAGCAAUGCAGCACAGACAUAUGGCAUAGGUGCUUUUGCUCUGGCUCCUAUUACAAGAAUUGACAAUUUCUCGGACUCGAGUCACAGUGAAAUUUCAUCGCGAUCCAGCAUUGUCAGCAAUUGUUCUGGUGACUCCAUGUGUGCAGCUAUACAGGAUGAGAGAUGUUUGCCACCAUCUCUCAGUGUCCCAGAUACCGUGGAAGCAACUGGGGGGAGAAAUGUGCAUCCAGCGGCUAGAUCUGUACAACCUAAUACAAGUUCUUCUGUAAUUUUAAGUACUGAAAAGCGAGGGUGCCUGGUUAUGGAUUCAGCAGUUACAUCUUCAAGUAAUGAAGAGUUGGCCCGCGAACACAAUGAUCACACCUCAAUUGAUGCAGCGGACAGUGGCCGUGGAAGCUGGACUUCCUGCUCCAGCAUCUCCCAUGACAGCUUCCAGACAAUCCAAAAUCAGAAAAGUUGGGACCUACUAAAUACAUCUAAAUAUACUCAUACUUUAGAUGGACCAAUUGCAGAAAUUGAAUUGACACAAUCUUGGACCACAGGCUGUCACUUAAACUCUGGAGACCUGACUAAAAAUACUUGUCCGAUUCAGUCUAAAGACACCAUUGAAUGUGUUCAUUCCAGGGAAAGCUGGACACCUUCAACAAAUUCUCAUUUGGGCAAGUUUGAAAUGGAUUGUGGGACUGCAAAACGAAUAGACUUGCACGAGACUACAGUUGAAGCAUCUGGGCGCAAUGCAAAUGUUUCAAACUCUAAGUCAAACACUGACCCCUCUUACAAAGCUGUUACUUCAAGCACAGAAAAGGGUCUUAUUGUGUAUUGUGUUACUGCAGCACAAAGGGAUGGUAGGUAUAGAGAGCCACCACCCACUCCUCCGGGAUACGUGGGAAUUCCAAUAGCAGAUGUUAAGGAAGGAGGACAUCAUUAUCCACGCUUAAAACCUCCAGACUAUAAUGUGGCAUUGCAGAGGUCACGAAUGAUAACACAGACAUGUGACCCAACUAGACUGCUCUCGGUUCCCAUUGCUAACCAACCAACAUCAAGCAACCAGUCAAAAGCUCUGGGCCUACCUCACUGGCACAAAAUCUCCGACUCCAACCGACUAGUACAGCUUAACCAUCAGGAUCUUCAAGAUAAUGAAGAUGAUGAAAAUGAGCAAGUUUCUGCAGUUUGACCCUUGGAACCAUGACAUGGAACACAGGACUGCUAAAGACUAUAUACUUUUUCUUUUUCAGAAUGCAGGCAGCUGCUUAUUUUUCAUUCUUUCUGCCUUAAAGUACAUCUUCAAUGUGUGAUGUGCUGCAUGUGGCAAGACCAGGAGAAUCUGACCAUGUUGUCUUUGAGUAGUUUUUAAACCAAAUGUUCUUCAGUUUUCCAGGCUUGUAAAGCAGCACUCUAUCUGAAGAAUAGUACUUGGUAAAUUUAAACUUGCCAAAUUGUUUUUAAUCUUGGAAGUAUUAGAUGUUAGGCUGCAAGAUUGUUUUAAUUAAUGAAUUGUAUUGUACUUUAUUGCUUAUGCAUAAUUGGAAUGUAAACAUACUAUACAAAUGACUAGACUGUUUUGGGUUGACAGCUGCAAAUCAUAUAUUGUUUUGAAUUAUGAAUUGCACCACAAAUAGUAUAUAAUAUUUCUCCUGAAUGUGAUUCAGAUUGUUAGUCCCUAUUCAAUUUUAAUGAAAGCUUCAUUGACCCCUAUGUUUUAAUACUGUAUUGACCUGGAUUUUAAGGAGCACAUGCAAGCGUGUAAUGUAGGUCAAUCAUUUCACCUCUCAAUGAUUUUGUGAACAAUUCUCCUCUGAUUUGAUGGCUGACAAGAGAGGCCUGCCCAAAUGUGUAGCUUUAUCUCUGUGGGCUGCUGGCCAGUGAAAGGAGGCUGUGCCUCUCUUUCAAGGUCACCAAUGGCAAAUUGGAGGCCCCCACAAAUUUUUCAUCAUUUCAUCUACCAUUCCCCCUCCCUAUCCUAUCCAACAUGCUUCCAGUACUUCCUGCUGUACUGCUCCGAGGCCAACCAACAUGAAGUUACAGACUUACCUGAAGGUCCAAGUCCAUCAAUGAACACUGAACGUCUUUCCCUGCGUUAAGAUGCAGUACUGGCAGUGGCCACAGCACCUGGCAGAAAAUUUAAAGUGAGGUGGCUUGGCCAGCUAGAGAUGGAGUCACAUACAACAUUUUAUGGCAAGAUGCAAGGAGUCCACCCUCAAUGUAUAAACCAGCCCCAUUUGUUAAUUAUUCUUAUUGCUCCAAAUGCCUGUGCAGUAGAGGAGCAGAAAACAACAUCAAGUGGCAUAAAUUCAUGCAUAUGCUUCUCAGAUGCUGUGCAUAAUCAUAUGACAGGGGUCUGUCUGGAUCAAGCACAUGUUUUUCAUUAAACCAAGGACAGAUGAAGAUGGCCAACUUAUACUACAGAAGUGGCUUGUGAGGAAGUGCAUCAAAUAAGUGGUACCUCAGUUCACUGUCACAAGUUAUGCUUCAGAUUUGCCGAUUGUUGAAAAUGUUUGUGUUGUACAUUUGCUUAACAAGCUCUUUAAAAUAUAUCAGUAUUUGCUUAGUCUUUCAGGAAAUUCUUUCAAUUGCUGAGUGUGCAGUUUAACUCAUUAAUUUUUAACCCCACAAAUUCAUUCUUUGCACUAAGUGAAUAGUCUCAAUCUUUCUCUUCAAUGGUGGAUACAGAAAAAAAUGUCCUAGAAUCACAGCUAUCAGGCAUACAAAAACUAGCUUUAAUUACUUGUUAAAUGGUCUAGUUAUUUGUAUAUGAUCAUAUAUGUAACUGGAAAAAGUUUAUUUUCAUCACAAGAAAUCUCUUACAUUGGCUAAUGACUAGUAGUGUAAUGAGAUCAUUUGCUAUUUCUAAACAAAAUCAUUUCACUGUGGCAUUGACUUCACACCUUAUUUGGUGAGAAAAGUUUACAAGGUGAGCAAGCUCAAGUUAUUAUACUUAAUUAUUUUUGCCAGAAUUAAUUUGUCUCCCAGAUUGUGUUUGGCCAUCAGUUAUGGUCAGGAUUUUUGGGAACAGUACCUUGUGCCUUUAUUUAAAAGUAGGGGCAGCAAGGUUUUUGAAACCAAGUUGUAAAUUAAAGCAAGUACAGUAUUAUGAUUGCCAGAAACUUCCUCCUUAAAGGACUAAUAGAGUUCCUGCCUCUGAAGUGUAAAUAGAUGGAGAUAUAAAAAGAUAAAACUAUAUCCUGAUUAGUUUUCUUUAUAUUCAGAUUACAGUGUGGCCAACGUCUGCUUGUCCUAAUCUGUGACUGUUUGGAAAUUUAGCUGAUCAUAUUGAUCAGUUUGUUCAACAAAAUUGUGUAGUAUUCAUAGUAGCAAAUCUUUGCUGUACUUUAUUUAAGUCUAAUUUAAAACUCUUCAAGCUUAGGUGAUUGUUUGCUUUUUUUCAAAAAGUCAUUUGUUAAUGGUAUUUUGGGCUUUAUUUUUGAUAUACAUAUAUAUAUAUAAAUAUAAAUAUUAAAAAAAACUGGAGUGCACUUCAUGGACUAUGUAUUAUCCAAUCAGGCGUUAGGCGUAUUGAAUAAGCUGCACAAUCAUUAUAAGCAUACAGGUAUUAGAGAAAUAUUCUGCACAUGCCCAUUCACAAAAUGAGACAUUGUAAAGUAUGUAAUCAACUAAUUUUUUUUCUCAUACUUUUGAUACUACUUGUAACUUAUGUCUUUUAGAAAGACAGUUGGUUGUCUGUAUGCUUUUUUCGUACUUUUAUCAGUGAUUGUACAUAUUUGUUAUAUUUUUGUUGAACAAAUGUUAUAAAAUGUAAUGCUUAUUUCUUCAGAUUCCAUUGAAAUGAAGUUGUAAACCAAUAAAUUACAGUCAUGUAUGA